ACAGUUGAAAAUGAUUAGGUGAUUGGAAGAAGAAAUGAAUUUGAAGAAGAAUUUAGUGAAUUCUGAAGAGGAUGAACUUCGAAAAGUUGCUUUCGUGGCGACUGUUGUCAGUGCUGCUUCUGGAAUCAUGUGCAUUAUUCUAAUUCCUGGGCUUUACACAUAUCUACAAUAUAUUCAAAGCUCUGUUCAAACUGAUGUUGGAUUUUGUGUUGACGGGGCUAAGAAUCUGGAAAAUAUGUAUGAAUCAACGAAGGCUGUUGGUUCAGGGCCAGUAAAAAGACAAGCUGGAUAUGGAGCUUCUUCCCCCUCUCGAGCUUCUGGAAGUCAUCCAGCUCCAUCUCCAUACGACGCUGCAUCCACUUCUUCUUCAUCUUCUUCCGAUUCUUGUUGCAGCUGUGGAAUUGGUCUUGCUGGGCCAGCAGGUUUCCCAGGUCGACCAGGACGAGAUGGAAUAGAUGGACCAGCCGGAAAACCUGGACGAGAUGGGCAAGAUUUGGAUGGAGAAUCGUCUUCUGAUGGAUCACAAAUUGAGCUUGAUUGCCCAGCAGGACCACCAGGGCCACCAGGAAAUCCAGGUCCUCAGGGUAAUUCUGGGCGACCUGGAAUGGAUGGUAUGCCUGGUAGAAAUGGAAGAUGCGGGAGACCAGGAGAGCAGGGAGAACGUGGACCAAAUGGAGAAGAUGGACGACCUGGAAGACGUGGAGACGAUGGAAUGCCCGGAACAGUUAACGAAAUUCCAGGCCAAGCAGGUCCACCAGGUCUUCGUGGUGCUCCUGGAGCUACUGGAUCGCAAGGACCACGUGGAAAUGAUGGUAGACCAGGAAACAAGGGACCAGCAGGACCACCUGGAGACCAAGGAUUUGAUGGAGCACCAGGAGGACCUGGAGCUGAUGGAGAACCUGGAGCACAAGGACCUUUGGGAGCAAAGGGAGAAUGUUCACACUGCCCACCUCCACGAACUGCUCCUGGAUACUAAUUUUUAUCUGUUUUGUUGAUUAGAUUUAGUUUCUGUAAAUAAUGAACACUUUUAGCACU